AUGAGUUGGGCCUCCCACAGGGCGCUGCUCCAGGAGCUGGGAAGUGUUAUCGUUCGUAGUAAAAGAGGACUAAGAAAGUAUCCCUUUCCAGUAACUUUUGAGAAUGUCAGCUUUCCUCCUGAUGGCGCUAUGAAACUUCCCAAAAUGCCUCCUGAGCCUUUUUACGACCCAGAAAGAGGAGAAAAAAAAUAUAAAACUACAAAACGAAUGAUCGAAGCUCGUGGUGUAGAGGAAGUUCAUACCGAACUCGUACAUCAGCAGUAUGGUCUUGCUGCAAUCUCCGGUGGCUUCAUAUCAGCUGAGGAUUUCAAGUUCAUACAGGAAAGAGUCAACAAAAACUUAUUAGAUAAACAGUUUGCUAUAUGGCGAGUGGAUGCUCCGUGGUUGCCUAGAACCAAAAAGGCGCAAGGUACUCGACUUGGUGGUGGGAAGGGUAGUAUUCAACAUUAUGUUACUCCUGUGAAAGCAAAACGAAUUAUUCUUGAAGUGGGCGGUCAUAUUACUGAAAUAGAGGCAAAGUCUUUUCUGCUUUACCUAUGCGAGAGAUUCUCAUUCCCUGUGGAAUUUGUGAGUGAGAAGAUACUGGCUGAAAGGAGAGCUGCAGAAGAAGAGAUAGCUAAACAUAAUCAAAACCCGUUCAAUUGGGAACGCGUUAUCAAAUAUAAUAUGCAG